AUGCAUCUCUGCAUUCUUGUUUUGCUGGUUUCUUGCCACUUGCUUUGUUCAUCGGCAAAUCCAAUAGGACCUUUAUCAUGCCAUAUAAUUUCGAAGCCUGUAAUUAAGGUUGCCUCGUACGAGGUUACCAUGAAGCAACCGUUAGCCUUUUCAACCAUCAAUGUUCCAAAAAUUCAACCAACUACACUUGUGGACUUGAAUGCUUUUUGCCAAAAAUCUUCCAUUGCACCGGUUAUUCCAAUCACCUCUAGCGUGCGCGCAUGCUCUAGUUCAUUUAUCACCUCUAGUGUGCGCGCUUGCCCUAGUUCAUUUAUCACGGU